GUGCGUCGUUCGUUACACAAACAAACUGAAUGUGGAAGUCCUGCCGUAGCGCGGCGGCGUGCGUUACAUUCAUUCUGAGCAACAUUCCUAAAAAUAGCCUUUGCUGCUUGACGUCACUCGGCCAAUCACGGAUUAGUUGGGAGGGCGGGGGCAACGCGAGGCCAUUCCGUCAGACGGCCAAUGGUAUUUCGCCAAACAGGGCCCGUUCCGUUAGCUCCGCCCACAAGCCUAUAGCACCGAGCCAAUCAGAAUCCCGCGAAAGGAGCGACUGUGGGCGUGUACAUCUUCCAGUAGGAAAAUAAUCAGUGACGUCACUCAACGGGUUUUUUGCAUGUAAAAGGGCGGAAUCUUGGUUUUGUUGACGGACGGUAAUGAUCCAAUCUGAGCACUUUACUAGUUUGACACACGGACAGGUGGCCAAUCAGUGUCCUUCACUCUGUUAUCAGUCGGGCUAGAUUCAGCCAAUGGGCUCUAUGGAUGGGCCUCGAUCGUCUGUCGGCUGUAGUUGGUCACUCGGCUUGUUUCACACCGAAAGCUACAGUAGGCUAUGUUGAUUCUGGUGAUUUCCCGACCUCAUCGGGUUCGGUAAAACGACAUCCUUGGAGCCGGGUUCGGGAAAGGAAAGGGGACUAGGCAUCCGGCUCGGAGAGUGGCCAGCUUGCACGGUGCGAAAACGGGGUAUUUGCGCUGGGGAGAGGCGUGGGGCCUCGAUCGGCGGGGGCUGCACGGAGGGACAGGCGGGGACAGACGAACCGACCGAGUCGGUCUGGAUGCGCUGGACUCGGCCCGGAGCGCUGCGAUUCCAGCCAAGCACCAUACCACAGCCCAAGACAGAAAGACGAGACACGUCGCUGUCUCCACUCCGGACUAUAACACCAUUUCUUCUUUUUAUAACGGUUCUAUACUGUAGAGGAGAACAGGUGAGCUCACUGCCAGUCUAGACUGUAGCUGUCAAGCUAUUUCAGUCCGGACCGACUGGUUUUGGGAGAACGAACGGACCGACUGCUGGACUCAGCUUGGACCGGGUCCUGGAGAGUCCAGGGCGGGUUGUGGAGCUCGGAUCGCCCGCUGACGGCCUGCCAUCAUGGGCAACGUGCCCACGGCCAAGAAGGGGAGCGAGAUGGAGAGUGUGAAGGAGUUCCUGGCUAAAGCCAAAGAGGACUUUCUCAAGAAGUGGGAGAACCCUGCACAGAACACAGCGAGUCUGGAGCAGUUUGAGCGGUUGAAAACUCUGGGUACGGGUUCGUUUGGCCGCGUCAUGCUGGUCAAGCACAAAGAGACCGGGCAACACUUUGCCAUGAAGAUCCUCAACAAGCAGAAGGUUGUAAAGCUGAAACAGAUAGAACAUACUCUGAAUGAGAAGCGUAUUCUAACGGCUGUCAGCUUCCCUUUCCUGGUACAAGUAGAGUUCUCCUUCAAGGACAACACUAACCUGUACAUGGUGAUGGAGUAUGUGCCUGGUGGAGAGAUGUUCUCUCAUCUACGACGAAUCGGCAGGUUCAGUGAGCCUCAUGCUCGGUUCUACGCUGCUCAGAUUGUCCUCACCUUUGAGUACCUGCACGCCCUGGACCUCAUCUACCGAGACCUGAAACCGGAGAACCUGCUCAUAGACCAGCAAGGCUACAUACAGGUGACAGAUUUUGGUUUUGCUAAGCGUGUGAAAGGUCGAACCUGGACGCUGUGUGGAACCCCAGAGUACCUGGCCCCAGAGAUCAUCCUCAGCAAGGGGUAUAACAAGGCGGUAGACUGGUGGGCGUUGGGUGUGUUGGUCUAUGAGAUGGCAGCCGGUUACCCUCCCUUCUUCGCUGACCAGCCCAUACAAAUUUACGAGAAGAUCGUCUCUGGGAAGGUGCGUUUCCCCUCCCACUUCAGCUCUGACCUGAAGGAUCUGUUGAGGAAUCUACUACAGGUGGACCUGACCAAGCGCUAUGGCAACCUGAAGAACGGCGUCAACGACAUCAAGGGACACAAGUGGUUCGCCACCACUGAUUGGAUCGCUGUAUACCAGAGAAAGGUGGAGGCCCCGUUCGUUCCUAAGUUCAAAGGCCCAGGUGACACCAGCAACUUUGAGGAGUACGAAGAGGAGGAGAUCAGAGUCUCCAUCAGUGAACAAUGUGCCAAGGAGUUCACUGACUUCUAGACCCAACCAGAUAGAGAGGGAUUGAAGGAAGAAGAGAGGGAAGGAGAGGGAGAAGGAAGGAAAGAGGGAGAGAGAUGGGGAGAAGGAAGAAGAGAGAGAAGGAGGGGGAGGGAAGGAAGGAGUGGGAGAGGGAGAAGGAAGGAGAGAGAGAGGGCGAAGGAAGAAGAGAGCGAAGGAGAGGGAGAAGGAAGGAAAGAGGGAGAGAGAUAGAGAGAAGGAGGGAGAGAGGGAAGGUAAACUGGAGUACUGUCUCCUGUUGAAUCACAAGCACCAGCUACGAGAGGGAGAGAAGAAGAGAGGGAGAGAAGAAGAGAGGGAGAGAAGAAGAGAGGGAGAGAAGAAGAGAGGGAGAGAAGAAGAGAGGGAGAUACGGAGAGAAGAAGAGAGAGGAGAGUAAACCAGCAGUGUUGCCCUUUCUGUCCCAUUUGUGUUUUUUCUACUGUUAUUCAUUUAUUAUUUAGUCUCUUUCUAUGCUUCAUCCUUUAUGGAGUGUUGGAGUGGGACCUGUCUCUGUAACAACUGUCUCCUAAUUACCAUAUUGGGACAGGGCCAUUCUCUGAAACAACUGUCUCCUAACUACCAUAUUGGGACAGGGCCAUUCUCUGAAACAACUGUCUCCUAACUACCAUAUUGGGACAGGGCCAUUCUCUGAAACAACUGUCUCCUAACUACCAUAUUGGGACAGGGCCAUUCUCUGUAACAACUGUCUCCUAACUACCAUAUUGGGACAGGGCCAUUCUCUGUAACAACUGUCUCCUAACUACCAUAUUGGGACAGGGCCAUUCUCUGUAACAACUGUCUCCUAACUACCAUAUUGGGACAGGCGCCAUUCUCUGUAACAACUGUCUCCU